UGUAUUUAUUAUACACAUACAUGCAACCCAGGACAGCAGAGAGCAAGCUAGAUACACCUGAAAUUCUCAACCGAGAUGAGUUUUGACUUGUCUUCUUAUAUGUAUAUGUUUCAUUAGAGAAAUAGAGGGAAACAAUCGAAUAUCUUUGUCGUCAUCGUCAUCUCUUUCAGCACUUUCCAUGGAGUUGAGCGUCUCCUCCUCCUCCUCCACCUUCAUGCCCUCGCCAGUACUGUCUUCGCUAAACCAGCUUCCUUUUUCAAGAGCAUAUGCAUCAGCGAGAUCCAUGUCCACGCCCAUGACCCACCUGGCAAUCCAAUCAAGACUAGUAAAGACAAGAAGAUCACCACCAAGGACUAUGUGUGUUUCUUGCGAGGUCGCCCUGAAGUCGGAGCCAAAGGUCGCACCAGUAAUUUCUGCUCCGCCGUCCCAAGUGGGGGAGGCCCCAGGCCAGGGCCCAGAAGAUGCAGUUAUCGGGGCCAAGGUAAGAGUGAAGGUGCCGGUGAAAGUGUACCAUGUGCCCCGUGUCCCGGAGGUGGAACUGAUUGGGAUGGAAGGUACGGUUAAACAGUAUGUUGGCGUCUUCCGGGGCACCCAGAUAUCCGCAAGCCUUCCAUUCAAGGUCGAGUUUGUUAAGGAGAUCAUAGGCGGUAACCGCAGUGGCCCAGUCAAGUUCUCUGUCCAUCUCAAGGAGGACGAGUUUGACUACGUUUGAUUGAAUUGAAUCAGUUAGCUAGCAGCAUAUACGUAUGGCAAGUGCAGCCUACUUCGUGGCGGGCACAUAAAAUAAGAGCUCGGCUAGCCCCCACCAGGAAAUAAUGCAAACGUUAGCUCGGUUUGAUGGAUUACUAAUACAAGCCCAUGCCAUCACGCAGUACUUUCUGCAGGUCAUCAUGUGAUAGCUAACAGUUUCUUCAGUUUGUUAGCUGCUGCAGUGCCAAUCGCCAGGGGCGGGGGCAGCUGUUUUUCUUCAUUUGACUCUUAGAUACAUCAGAAUAAUACAUUACUGUCGAUCCAAUCCUCUUAAAUAAUUAGCCAGCUUCCUGCCUUUAGUUUGGAUCCAUUCAUUCGAUAUCGAAUCAUGAGCAAUACAAUAUACUGUCUGGUUCGAUCCA